AUCCUAGUGUUUACUUUUACUGCCGGCCUUACCAAUCAGGGCAUAAUUAGCUGUCAUCGGGCGUCUCUUCGCAUGCUGCCUUGUACCUUGCCACGAACACGUCAAUGCAGGGGAAGGGACUGCAAGGAUCUCCUAAAAUGGUCAGCUUCUCUUGUGGUACCGUGGUUACUGAUUUUGCCAGUACACAUUGCAGGAGUAAGCGGCCUGACACAUCACUGGAAUGGAAUGAGAAGGGCCCUGCCCAAGAAAGAACGUAGAGGUCGUGCAAAGCCUGCGCGAGCAUGGAGAGGGAGCUUUCGAGAGAGGACAUGGGCGUCCGCAUGCGCACGCGACGUCCGGACUUGGUGCCGAUGGCCGAAGCUUCUUGAGUCUCGACGCAAGUCCUUGGAGGUGUCGCGGCGACGACUUUAACGAUCUCAGGUGUACACCAUCUGAGUUGCGUCGGGUCGUGCUUGAGUGCCCGCUCGGUGAAACUGGAUGUCGCAAGCGAUUGAUUCCAUUCCAUACGAGCCGCGUGAAGGCGAAAUUGAAACUGUCAAGGUAACCGAUCCGGAAGAUCGAUGGCCGGAGUUACCCACAACCGCCCGACCUCCUUCGUGAACAAACCGCGCACAAUGGCCGUCACGGAUACUAUCUAGAACAUUUGGUGCCCCUUCAGAUUGAAGACCGAGAGAGUUGUGGUCAUUUUGGCAGAGCUGUGCGAAGUGCACGAGAAGGUAACGCGCAUCAAUCGAACUCGCCGGGGAUCCAUCCUCCAUCCUUACCUUGCAGGAGGGAGGAGCACGAAAAUAGGCCCUUCUUUCUGAAUCUCCCACGACUAGCCCUAAGAACGCGAGCUCACAUGCCAUGCCGAGUAGCGCCGGGAAAUACACGUAGCAGGUUCUGCCGAUUGAGGUUUCCAUGCGGCAUGGUGCAGCGCUGGCUAGCUCUUGCGCUGAAGGGCGAGAGGAGGUCGCCUUCGAUGAUCGAAGACGAUAGGUCUUGCGGAGGCGCUGCUUGAGGGUUUUUGUUUCGACGACGAAUUCUGCAUCGAAGACGGGCGCUGCACUUCGUGAUCGGCAGCCAUGGCCUCCGGAUCGUACGAAGACAAACCUCAUGUACGUUUCGGGGACGACAAUGGCGAUGACGAGGAGGAGAUUGAUUACACGCAACCCAAGAGCCCGAAGAGCCCGAAGAGCCGGCUCGAUGCGCGGAGAGCUACUCCCGGCGUGUUGCAGCACUUCAAGCCGACAGUUCACCCGAAGAACAUUCCCACUUCGUUCGGGAUUGCUGCCGCAUUUGCUGUACAGAAGGCUCCGAAACCUCCACCUCCAGCAGUUCCACCCGAGGACGAGAUGAAAGAGUUACACAAGAAGUUCAGGAUGAUGACGGCCAGUCAAAGACACUUUCACGCAGAAAGCGAAACUGUUCUUCGAAGACAGCGAGCACUUCUGGAUACACUUUUAUCCGACAACCGGAGUGUACAACAGCAGAUUGACCUCUACUACAACGAGGACGUGCUGGCCGAAAUUGCUCGGUUGAGAGAGAACGUAACGUACAUGACGGCCAAGAUAGAGGUGGAGGCCAAACGUCUGAGUGAGUUGGACCACGUCACCCAGGAGAUGAACACCAGAGAGUGGGAUUCCAGGAAACUCAUGGGUGGAGUUUUUGCACCCAGGGACAAGGAACACCACAAUCAAAUAUAUAUCUGCAUAUUGGAGAAUCGCCUGGAGAAGGCCAUGGGAGAUAUGGAUGCCUGCUGUUAUUACAACAAAUGCCUCCUAGCGGAAAUGCAAGGAUUGAAAACAGAACAUGACAUGUUCGACAUCCUUAGUGCGAAGUUGGACAUAGAGCUUCACCAAAAGAUUGCCCAGAUGGCCGAGUUGGUUGAGGACUGCUAUGCAUUAUACGAGCAAAGAGAUGAUUUUCAGCGCCUCAUUUCUGAGAUCCUUGAAAUGGAGGCAGAAGGGGAGGCGUAUAAACGUUGGCAGCUUUACGGGAGUUGGAUUGGUCUUGAUGGAAGACCACUUGCCGAAACAGCAUUUAAACUAGAUGAGAGACAGCAAAAACGACUGAAGAUGAAGAGGCCCACGCUGCCCUUGACAAACGAAGCUAGCCUGAGGGAAAUAUUUAGCAUUCAAGACGACGAUAACAUGACCAGAUUCGUUUCGAAACCGUAUACCAAGAAGUAUGAAAAAGUCAUCGAAAUCAAGGCUUUUAUGAAGACUCAGGAGGUCUUGGGUUUCGAGACAAAAGACGUAGACCCUGUCCUUCCCGCUCUACUCGCUGCACGGGAGAGACAUGCAGAGCUCUUGAGGAAAGUUCAGGCUCUGAAUGCGGAAAUCGAGUCAGCUGCAGCAGCAAGACUGGGUUCAUUUAUGGAUAGUGACGACGAGGAGGAAGACAAUCAGUAUGAUGACAUGUUCGCUCAAUUUUCCGAGAACGACUUUUUAAGGCUCAUUAGGGAACUCAAGCGCCAAAUUUACACAGUGUUCAAAGACGCUGGCCUUUCAACUUUCGACGAAGGUUUAGAGACAGCAAUUAUGGAUGGAACUGUUCACGACGACUCUUUGGAAUUCGCCAUCACCAAGUUGUUCAGCAAGACUGAGAAUUUCAUCGAGGAAAUAUCAGAACCAGCUGGCUUGAACGAAACCAGCUUACAGAGAAUAUUGAGGGAGAGUAUACAAAUGACUGCCAGUUUAAGGGUGAUGAGUUAGUCUCGCGGUUUCAAGGUCCGUGUACAAGAGGUGUGAUCGGCUGUUCCAGGAAUUGGUCGCUGGUUGCCCUCACAGUUCAGCAGUUCGCCUGUCGAGAAAAGAGUAUCUCGGAUGGUUUGCAACCUUGAGUUUCGUCAACUGCUGUGCAGAUAGAACAAUCGGCUGUAUAUACACACCCUGCACUACUUCCUGGCAUUCUUUUCCGCUCUUCAAGUGAGUAAAGACCUGGUGGGUAGAAAUUGAGAAAGGACCGUGCAUGUGAUCUUGCUCGGAAUGUAACAAACACGAAGAGCCUGUGUUUGGGUCAACAUAAAUGUAGACAGCCCCUCGAAGCUGAAAGGAAAGACAUGUGAUACACAAGGCUCGGUGAAAAUCACAUCGGCUUUGUCUUUCUACAAUGUAAAGGCAUAGAAUAGAGCACCUGCUUCGAGUAGUCGCAGAAAUCAACGAGGCUCAUCCAUAGAGUGACAAUGACAGCGACUUUACAUGCCUAUGUGAUCCUCUAUACAUUGUUGUAAAGUAAUUGAAACAUUUUCUAAUAUACAUAGAGCUUGAUCGCUUCAUAAAUUUUGUUCC